AUGGAUGCUGUGGAACUUGCCAGAAAGCUGCAGGAGGAGGCCACCUGCUCCAUCUGCCUGGACUAUUUCACAGACCCGGUGAUGACCGCCUGCGGCCAUAACUUCUGCCGCGAGUGCAUCCGUUUGAGUUGGGAGAAGGCAAAGGGCAAGAAGGGGAGGCGGCGCAAGGGCUCCUCCUUCCCCUGCCCCGAGUGCAGGGAGAUGUCCCCACAGAGGAACCUGCGGCCCAAUCGCCUGCUGACCAAAGUGGCUGAGAUGGCACGGCAGCAUCCCUGCCUGCAGAGGCACGACCUGUGCCAGGCGCACCAGGAGCCCCUGAAGCUCUUCUGCGAGGAGGACCAGAGCCCUAUCUGUGUGGUGUGCCGGGAGGCGCGGGAGCACCGGCUGCACCGGGCGCUGCCCAUAGACGAGGCUGUGCAGGAGUACAAGCUGAAGCUGGAGGAGGACAUGGAGUGCCUGAGGGAAGAGAUGGCGAGGACAGAGACACUUCAAGCCCAGGGACAGCAGGCCUUGGCUGAAUGGCAGGCCAAGGUAAAGGAGAGGAGAGAGCGCAUCCUGGUGGAGUUUGAGAAGAUGACCUUGCUGCUGGUGGAGGAAGAGCGGCGGCUCCUGCAGGCCCUGAAGGAGGAGGAGGAGGAGACAAUGGCCAGGCUGAGCGAGCGCCAGGCCUCUCUGGACCAGCAGAGCCACGGCCUGGAGAUGCUGCUGCUGCGGCUGGAGGACCGGAGCCAGCGGGAGCCCCUGCAAAUGCUGCAGGACAUGAAGGACACCCUGGCCAGCAAGGACAGCCUGCAUGUGCUGUGCCCGGAGGCCACACCACCCACGGCACUCAGGACAGUCUGCAGGGUUCCCGGGGAGGUCGAGGUGCUCCGAGGUUUCCAAGAGGUCGUGGUGCCAGACCCCACGUCGGCCUAUCCCUACCUGCUGCUCUAUGAAAGCCGGCAGAGACGCUAUCUAAGCUGCCCGCCCGAGGCCAGCGGCCUGUGUGGCAAGGACAGGUUCGUGGCCUACCCGUGCGCCGUGGGCCAGCAGAGCUUCUCCUCCGGGCGGCACUACUGGGAGGUGGGUGUGAACCUCACUGGGGAUGCUCUGUGGGCCCUGGGCGUGUGCAGAGACAAUGUCAGCCGCAAGGACAGGGUCCCCAAGAGCCCUGAGAAUGGGUUCUGGGUGGUACAGCUGUCCAAGGGCAGGCGGCCCCUGGCGCCAGUGCCUGCCCCGGGCCCUGUCACGCUGCCCGAGCCCCCCAGCCACAUGGGCAUCUUCCUGGAUUUCGAGGCCGGGGAGGUCUCCUUCUACAGCGUGAGCGACGGGUCCCACCUGCACACCUACUCCCAGGCCGCCUUUCCCGGGCCCCUGCAGCCAUUCUUCUGCCUGGGUGCUCCCAAGUCAGGCCAGAUGGUCAUCUCCACGGUGACUGUGUGGGUGAAGGGCUAGACACACAGAAAGACGGGGGCUGGUCCGGCCACUCUCAGGAGGGCCAAGCCCUUCCAUGGUGCGGC